GAGGUUUUGGGGUGAGGGUGAGGACUGUCGCUAGCUUUUUCUUUUUCCUCCUCCGAGAAAGAGGGCAGCUUUGUCAAAAGUUUUCAGGGUGUUAUCAUCUGCCGACCCUCCAUAGCUUGGUUUACAGGCAGACGUGCACUAUAUAAUAAGGAAAUUUUUAAACAUUAUAGACAGCUCGAUCCCAGAUUUAUAAAACAUGUGAUCUUUAUUAAACAAGGGGAGGGCCCGAGUAAUACUGGGAGGGCGGGGGAUGUGUUAGGUGCAAAGCAGCAUCGACACCUCAGCUACACACACAGAACAAAGUGCUCCUCUCUGACCACUAUGUCCUGUGGAACCAGUGAAGUGCCACCGGCUGUUCUUUUGCAAACUUUUUAUCUAAUCGGAAACCAGAAAAAGAAUGCCGGUUGUGCAUUCUGGCUCACGAGCCGACAUCCUGGUCGCCCGCCGCUCGCGCUGUCAUUGAACUAGGGAGACUUUCCCGCCAGCCCAAGUCUCCCGGGAGAGCCGGUCUGGGUGCACAAGGUUCAUCCAGACCCACCUCCCAGCUGCAGACGGAUCACGAGAAAGUCAGCCACUGUCCUGUUCCGGGACUUUCCCGGGCUUUCUAAUCAGAAGGAACUUCCGGGUGCUGGGGGAGGCUCCGCAGGGAGUUGGAAUUGGCGGGUGGGCAGAGCCAGAGACUGAGGAGCCAGGACGUGAAAAGCACGGGGCUCGCCCGACGCUCUCCACUCUUGGUGCUUGCUUUCCCUCGCUCUCUGUGCAAGACUGGAAACCAAAAAGGCUGCUGACUCUGCACAGCAGGAGAAGGCUCCGGAGUCCUGAUCUAGCUGGCCGUGGCACGGGAAGGCUCUCAAGCACUGGGAUCAUGUGUGACAUGCUCCUCCAUUUAUGUGAGUCCUGGAGAUCUGGGUACAGUCCUCACACUGGCAAGGCCAGAGAGCGUCAUGUCCUCCUUUGAAGAUGCUGACACAGAAGAGACCGUGACUUGUCUCCAGAUGACUGUUUAUCAUCCUGGCCAGCUGCAAAGUGGAAUAUUUAAAUCAAUAAGGUUUUGCAACAAAGAGAAAUUUCCUUCUAUUGAAGAGGUGAAAUUUGGACGGAAUUCCAACAUCUGUCGGUAUACUUUUCAGGACAAACAGGUUUCCCGAGUUCAGUUUGCUUUACAGCCAUUUAAACAGUUCAACAGCUCUGUUCUCUCAUUUGAAAUUAAGAACAUGAGUAAGAAGACCAGUUUGAUGGUGGACAAUCAGGAGCUUGGCUACCUCAAUAAAAUGGACUUGCCUUACAAGUGCCUGCUCAGGUUUGGAGAGUAUCAGUUUCUCUUGGAGAAGGAAGAUGGAGAGUCAGUGGAAUCUUUUGAGACUCAAUUUAUCUUGUCUCCAAGACCACUCUUGCAAGAAAACAACUGGCCAGCACAGAGUCCUAUACCUGAGGACGGGGGUUAUUCGUCCUAUUUUACCCAUAGGACUUCUCCCACAGAAAUGGAUGAAAAUGAAUUGUGAACAGAGUCCAAGCAGAGAAACAUGAAGAAUGAGGAUAUGUGUGUCGACCAGUGAGAGGCGUUCUAUUUCCUAAGAAUCUAUGAGAGUAGUGUAGCACAGAUACCUACACACUGACUUUGGAUUUAGUAAUAGCAUUUGGAAGUCUAUAGAUGGUGUUUGUCAUCAACUUAGUCAGCUAAGCAUUCUGGAUCUAAAAAGAAUUAUGUGUACACUUGUGAGGGUUAGUGUAUAAAACAUGUCUUCUGUGUAAUGUUA